ACAACCAUCAUAAAACAUAAAAACAAAAUACAAACGGAAAACCAAAAACAAAAGGGAUUGAAAAUGGCAGCCAUUUUUCUUGCCAAUCCAAGCACCUUCCUCCCAUCAUCAUCAACCUCUAUGCAGAAACACAUAGUGAAAGGAACCAGUGUGUGUAAACCAGUGAAUAAAUUACCAAAUUACCCUCCACAAGUCUCCAAGAGAAGCCUAUCCAUAAGCCUCACUUCCCUUUUCCUCUUGUCCUCAACUGGAAACCCCCAUGGAGCAAAUGCAGCCAUUUUAGAGGCUGAUGAUGAUUUGGAACUCAUGGAGAAGGUGAAGAAAGACAGAAAGAAGAGGAUUGAAAAACAAACUGUUCUUAAUUCAUCCAGCAAAGACAAAGAUUAUCUGCAAGAUGUUAUUUACAAGCUUAGCAAAAUAGGGCAAGCCAUAGAGAACAAUGAUCUCCCAUCAGCUGGUUCAGUGCUUGGCCAAACCCUUGAUGCAGAUUGGGUCAAGAUGGCUAAUGUAGCCCUCUCAAAGUUGAGCUCGAGCCAGGAGGAGAAGUCUGAGGUGGAUGCAUUCAACUCAUCAUUGACUUCUUUGUAUACGUCAGUAACAAAGAAUGACAUAGAAGCCUCAAGAUUAGCUUUUGUGGACUCAGCAACUGCAUUUGAGAAGUGGACAACAUUAACUGGUUUGGUUGGAGAACUAAAAGGGCUUUGAGCAACUGUAAUUUAGGGUUCUUCCCAAUUUUUCCAAUUUAGGGUUUAUACGACAAGCGAUUUGCUUGCGUGGAUCCAAUUCUGUGUUUGUUUUUCAUGAUACCCAUUUCCUGAAUUCGAUUCUAAACAAUCUGC